GUUUCAUUCUGAGGGUCAGGCCUCAGGUAGGAAGAAGGCUUUCCCAGGUUUGCAGCCGAAACUGUGACCCCAGGGGGCCGGACCCCAUGCCUUGAGGGUGGGCGCUGGGCAGCCCUGGGGAGACAGAUCUGGGUUGGGCAGCCCUGCUGGCAGACCACUGCUAGAGCUGGGGCCCAGGGCGGCCCUGCGUAUCCCUGCAGGCUCCUGGGCCAUAGGCCACGGGUGGAGCCAGGCAUGGCCCGGGGUGUAUGCAGUGCAGAGGUGGUGUGGGCAGGACACAGGUUUCAGAGUGAGGAAGCGGUGCAGCUAGGGUGGCCCUUCUGUCCCUGAGAGCCCAGUCUCGGGAUUUGAGGGUCCAUCUCCUGCUUUGGGGCCAGGCAAGGAGGGGGUCCUGGCCCUGCCGUGCCCCUAGGCAGAGCCCUCCACACUGUCCUGGGCAGGGAGGGGAGUGCCAGGGGCCUGGAGCCCCGGGGGAGCAGGGGUCGUUGUGGGCAGUCCUGGGACCCGAACCCAAACCCUCCACUACAGCAUCCAAAGACCCCUCGGAGAGGGCAGUGCCCUGCUGGGCUGGCAGCAUGGGGCAGGGCUUUGGGGCUGUUGCUGAGGGUCCUGUAUGGGGCGGGGUGGGGGUAGCGAGCCGCCUGCACCCUGGCUGCCACACCCUUCCUCGGUUCCUGCCCUCUGCUCACACCCCAUGGCCCAGGCACAGGGUGUCCUGGUGGCCUGGGCAGGCAUUGCCUGCCCCUGAAGUGCGUCCUCCAGGCCAGUGGUGGGUGGGAGGGAAGGGGCAGCUGCACCCAGGCCCGAUUCCCUUCUCUCCUCAUUCACAAACACUGACCUGGCACCAGUGAUGCCUGGCUGUGGCCACAGGGUCCUGCCCCGCCCCUUGGAGGGAUUACGGGCCUGCUGACGUACUGAUCCGGACUCUGAGCCGCCCCGAUCCCUUGGUCCCUGCCGGCUUCUAGGGACCUGCCCGGAGGCGCAGUAUCUCUGGGAGCUGAGGCCAGUGAGCCGUGGGCCCACCACCCUGGGUGGGAGGGAGGCUGGUGUGGCUGCAGUGGGGCCUGGCCAGGCAGGGGAGACUCGGAGCCACGAUGCCUGCGACCACCUCGGAGACCCAGCCCGUGGCCCUGAACCCCAGGGAGAAGGCUGUGUGCAAGGUGGUGUAUGGUGCACCCCGGCCGCGCCCACUGCUGCUGCCCGUGGGCCUUCAGCUCAGGCUGUAUGUGCUGAGGGUGCGAACCCUACGGCACAGCAGGAUGGAGGCUUCGUGCCUGGAGCUGGCUCUGGAGGGCGAGCGGCUGUGCAAGGCUGGGGACUUCAAGGCUGGAGUGGCCUUCUUCGAGGCAGCCGUGCAGGUGGGCACAGAGGACCUGAAAACACUGAGCGCCAUCUACAGCCAGCUGGGCAAUGCCUACUUCUACCUGAAGGAGUACGCCCAGGCUCUGGACUACCACAAGCAUGACCUCCUGCUGGCCAGGACCAUUGGCGACCGCAUGGGGGAGGCCAAGGCCAGUGGGAACUUGGGCAACACGCUCAAGGUCCUGGGCCGCUUCGACGAGGCUAUCGUCUGCUGCCAGCGGCACCUGGACAUCGCCCAGGAGCAGGGGGACAAGGUCGGGGAGGCGAGAGCGCUCUACAACGUUGGCAACGUGUACCACGCCAAGGGCAAGCAGCUGUGCUGGAGCGCUGCCCAGGACCCAGGGCACCUGCCGCCCGAUGUGCGGGAGACACUGCGCAAGGCCUCCGACUUCUACGAGAGGAACCUGUCCCUGGUGAAGGAGCUGGGCGAUCGAGCAGCCCAGGGCAGAGCUUGUGGCAACCUGGGCAAUACCCACUACCUGCUGGGCAACUUCACGGAGGCCACCGCCUUCCACAAGGAGCGCCUGGCCAUUGCCAAGGAGUUUGGUGACAAGGCGGCUGAGAGGAGGGCCUACAGCAACCUGGGGAACGCCCACAUCUUCCUGGGACGCUUUGAUGUCGCGGCAGAGUACUACAAGAAGACGCUGCAGCUGUCACGGCAGCUGAAGGACCAGGCAGUGGAGGCGCAGGCCUGCUACAGCCUGGGCAAUACCUACACGCUGCUGCAGGACCACGAGCGAGCCGCCGAGUACCACCUGCGCCAUCUGCUCAUCGCCCAGGAGCUGGCCGACAGAGUGGGCGAGGGCCGGGCGUGCUGGAGUCUGGGGAACGCCUACGUGUCCAUGGGGAGCCCUGCUCAGGCCCUGACCUUCGCCAAGAAGCACCUGGAGAUCUCUCAGGAGAUCGGGGACCGCAACGGGGAGCUCACAGCCCGCAUGAACGUGGCGCAGCUGCAGCUGGUCCUGGGCCGGCUAUCCAGCCCGGCAGCCACAGAGAAGCCUGACCUGGCUGGCUAUGAGGCCCAAGGGGCCAGGCCCAAGAGGACACAGAGGCUGAGCACAGAAACCUGGGACCUGCUGAGGCCCCCCCUGGAGCGGGAGCAGAAUGGAGACAGCCACCAUGCAGGGGACUGGCGGGGGCCGGGCCAGGAUGCAUUCCCCCUGCCAGUAAGGAGCAGGAAGUACCAGGAGGGCCCGGACACUGCUGAGCGGAGGCCCCGGGAGGGCAGCCACUCCCCGCUAGACAGCACGGACGUCCAGGUGCAGGUGCCUCGAGCGAGCCUCCCGCGGGCCCCGUCCUCGGAUGAGGAGUGCUUCUUCUUUGACCUGCUGAGCAAAUCACAGAGCAGCCGCAUGGAUGACCAGCGCUGCCCCCUGGAGGAUGGCCAGGCCGGUGCAGCCCCCACACUGGAGGAUGGCCAGGCCGGUGCUGCCCCCACACUGGAGGACCGCAUGGCCCAGUCCUCGCUGACGGCCUCCCCACAGACUGAGGAGUUCUUCGACCUCAUUGCUAGCUCUCAGAGCCGCCGGCUGGAUGACCAGCGGGCCAGCGUGGGCAGCCUGCCCGGGCUUCGCAUCACCCCCAACAACCUGGGCCACCUGCGUGGUGACGCAGACCCCCAGGAGCCAGGGGAUGAGUUCUUCAGCAUGCUGAUCAGAUGCCAGUCCUCCAGGAUCGAUGACCAGCGCUGCCCGCCACCUGCUGUGCUGCCCCGAGGCCCCACCAUGCCAGACGAGGACUUUUUCAGCCUUAUCCAGAGGGUGCAGGCCAAGCGCAUGGAUGAGCAGCGGGUGGACCUCGCCGCCAGCCCCGAGCAGGAGGCUGCCAGGCCACCAGAUCCAGAGCAGCAGGUCCCGCCGGGCACCAGCUAAGGCCUCAGCCCGGAGGCUGGUGAGCUCCCCAUCCACAGCUAGGCCCACCCUACCCCGUUCCUCAACUUGGGGGUUCACAUCACCACAGAUGCCCUCAGGCCCUGAGAAGCCAAACCUUCCUGAGGCCAAGGCCGGGGCAAUCACUGGGCCACCCCCUGGCCCUUCCUUCUGAGCCGGACACGGGCCCUGACCCCAUGAGUUCCCUUCCCAGACAGCAGGCUUGGGAGAGGGGCUGCCAGGGUGAGGAAGGGCAUAGUCCCCAGGGCCUCCCGCCUGGUAUUUGGCCUCCUGGACCCUUCCCUGUGCAGGCUGGGCUGCCCUUGGCAAGUCGGCCCCAGGCCCUGGUGCUGUCCAACCCCCCAUAUCCCCUCCCUGCCCCUCUGGGCUCUGUUGGAAUUACCUGGGAAAUAUGAAGACUUCACCGUUGCCCCCAAGUCCCUAGGUAUAUUGGAAGCGUCUCCUGGGGUCUCACCAGCUGGAUAUUUCUAUCCUAGAUGGAGCUCGGCUUCUGGAGCCAUCUGGGAGUGGCCAGGGACAGUUCACUGGGACCUUGGCCUCUCCCUUUAUUCCUACUGGGCCAGAGGGGGUACAGGGAAGAGGAAGGUGGUUCAGAGACCCACCCUGACCGGGCAGAGGGGCCCGACCCUGGUCAGGUAGCCCUCCACUCCCCAUGGGCCCCAGGCUCAGCCUGCUUCCCUAAAGCGGGGGCAGGGUGUGUCCAACAGCAGCUUGGAGCGCCCUCAAAGCCCCUGAUCCUGAGCCUGACCCUGGUGGGCAGCAAAGGCUGCACCCAGAUUGUGCCAAGGAGGCCUCUGUGGACGUGGCCUAAGUGGUGGGUCCAACACUGGGAGGGCCUGGCCCAGAGGAACUCCCACCCCUGCUCCCACCCCCACGCCUGGGUUAGGGGGCAUGGGGCAGGGUCUCCAGAUACUGAGACAGGCUCUUGGUUGCCCUGGCAGUCUGCCCCUCCCAGCCCCUGCCCAGCUCACAGUCUGGGGGCCCAUGCCUGGGGUGGUGCCAGCCUGGACAGAGGUCCUGCUCAGGGCAGGGAGGUGGCCAGUCCGUGGUAAAAGGGGCUGAGGUACUGCCCUGGGCUCAGGGCAGUGGCCUGAUGGGGGACAGCAUGCCAAGGUCAGGGCAGUGUGGGGCCAGGCGCUGCACACUUGAACGUACACAUGUAUUUAUUGCCCACUUGUCCGCCAUGUUAGCGGGUCGUUCUAACCCAGCAGGUACAUUGUGUUUCCGUUUUUCUCAAAAAAAUAAAGUCUGUCCAGUAAA